CAGCAUUCACUAUUUCACUUCUUCUUUUGGGGGUUUUUUCCUUUCAGAUUUGUAUAACUUGUAAAAAAAAAAGGGAAGUAGAGAAAGAAAUGAUCCAUUCAAUUAUGCAUCACGAGAAUUUAUGAAAGUUGGAGAAAGGUAUGCCCUUUUGAAGUUAAAUUGAAAGGUAACACCUUUUCAAAGAAGGAAACCGGAAGAAGAAAAGACAUAUCGAAGCCAAUGGCGGAUGACUAAUUGCUCGAGUCUGGGAAGGAGGGAGAGAGAGAGGGUCAAGCCCCUUUGGAAAGCUUCAGGAUUUGGCAAUUGAAAAUCCGAGAUCGGGGCUCUUGCUUUUCCUGUAUUGUUCCCCAGGUUUCUUCCUUGAACGCCGGAUUCUAGGUUUUGUCCCAUCGCUCAUCAGCUCUUUCCAUUUCAUCAACAGAGUCAAAGCAAGGGUGUCUCCAUGGCUUUGAGUUUCCCUCUUGGGUUGGCAUUUGCCAUUGAUGACGUUGUUGCCUCUUCCAAACGAUUCACGUUGCUCGCGUCUGUCUGUUCGGGGAUCAUAAUGUGCAAGAUUGUUUAUGACUUAACCGGUUUGGUGAGCCGUUUGCUGUUCAAACCGUAUGGAAAACUCGACAGCAAACAGCAAAUGGAAUGGAAUAACAGGGGCUUCUCGACAUUUCACGCAGUUUUCGUUUCGUUGGCUGCAAUCUACCUGCUGGUGUUUUCGGGAAUGUUUGAUGAUAAUGUUCUCGGUGGUUUAAUGAUCGACCGAACUUCAACAACGUCAGAAGUAAUAUUGGGGAUCUCCAUUGGUUAUUUUCUGGCAGACCUGUCAAUGAUCCUAUGGCAUUUUCCCGUUCUCGGUGGUGUGGAGUAUGUGUUUCACCAUUGCAUAUCCAUGUUUGCUAUCAUACUGGCUGUCACUAGCGGGCAAAGCCAGUUCUACAUAUUCAUGGUUCUCCUCUCCGAAGCCACAACUCCAUUUGUCAAUCUACGCUGGUACCUGGAUACUAGUGGUCAGAAAAGCUCCAAGCUUUACACGUGCAACGGGAUUGCCCUGUUCUUGGGUUGGCUGGUGGCAAGGGUCCUUCUGUUCAUCUACUUUUUUGUUCAUAUGUUCCUCCACUUCGAUCAGGUGAAGCAAGUAUUCCCGCUCGGGUUUUACAGCUUGCUGACGAUACCACCGGCGCUGGGAGUGAUGAAUCUGCUAUGGUUUUGGAAGAUCACAAAAGGGUUGAUCAAGACGCUGUCCAAAGCCAGACGCCGUGAAUGAGAUCAGGGUUGUGAUUGGACAGUUGCAGUUGUUGUCUGGUUAUAUGGUACCAACUGUUAUUUUACUUUGGAUCCCACGGUCGAGAGGGACAUGAACGAAUUCCCCAUGCCGUGGAAAAGCUGUAAAAUGGAAUACAAAAAUUGAUCAUAGUUUUCUCCUUGUUCUUUUAAAUUGCUCCUGAAUGUGAUGGGCUUUUUGGACUUUGGAUUUAGAAAUAAAUGGGCCUUUUAUA